UCUAUCCAAUCAGAAAUCAUAUCACCCGGAAACUACCGCUACACGCCGGAUACUUCAAAUGUGAACAAUUUGAAUUCGGGGAAACAACUCCUCUUUUCGAACCAUGGCAGACCAUGGGGAUGGGGUAGUGCAGAGCAAACGGAGCCGGACAGUGAUCGUCCGCCACCUACCAGAUGACCUUACCAGAGAUGAGAAGGAGGACCUUCUCAAGUAUUUCGGAGCAUUAGCUGUCCGGGUUAUGUCGGAGAAAGGAGUUCUGAAACAUACGGCAUUUGCAUCAUUUGACACUGAGAAUUCAGCUGCUAAGGCACUAAGCAGACUGCAUCAGCUCAAGGUUCUUGGCCACACACUAGUUGUGGAAUUUGCAAGAGAUCAUGAGAAUGUAACUAUCCUAAAAGACCCACCUGUAACUGAUGGUGCUCUUGUGGAACCGGAUGGAAAGAGGAAGAAAAGAAGACAACCACAAAAUGUUCCCCUCAUAGAGACUGGCAUCGCUCCAAACCUCGGGUUGAAAUUCCAAGCCAACCCGACGCUGAAAUAUUUAUACCCUCCCCCCAGUAGUGCGGUCGUGACAAACAUCACACACGCGCUGCUGAGCGUGCCCAAGUUUUACGUUCAGGUCCUCCACCUGAUGAACAAGAUGAACCUGCCUUGUCCGUUCGGCCCCCUGACGCCCAGACCUCCCCUGUUUGAGAUGUACCAUGUACCUGCGGGCCCCGUGCCUCCCCCGUUCCCACCGGAGAACCCCCCUCUUCCGAAGGAGGGGGCAGACGGCAGCGAGGAAGAGUCGGAGUACGAAAGCGAUGGUGACGAAGAGGAGAAAGAGCGGAUGGUGAGACUGAUGGGCCUGGUCAACCAGCCGUGCAAGAGACCCGCUCGGACGAAAGCGUCGGCCAAGAGGAAGAAGCCCAAGCUGAAGGACCUGCUGUACGCUCCCAAGCCGGAUCCGCAAAGCACUGCAGCCCCUGUUCUCCAGGCAUCGGAUGUGUUUGAGCAGCCUCAGGCCUUGGGCCCCAAAAAGAUUGAGUUCCACAUCCCUGCAGAGGUGUCCUCCGUCUUGGAAACCACAGACCAGGCUCACGAGGAAGAGAGUGAGGAGGAGGGAGAGGAUAAUGCAGCAGAGACUGAUGAGCGGCAGGGUCCCUCAGACGAGGUGGCGGACGGUUUUGGGAAGAUCUACCCGACCGCCCAGGCUCCCCAGGCGCAGGAAGAGGACAGCGAGGAGGAGGAGGACAUCCCCUCGGACUUUGUCUCCCGGAAGGAGCUGGAGAAGGGACGUCUCUCAAGGGAGGAGAUGAAAAGGAUGUCUGUAUUUAAAAAAUAUGAGCCCGGCGAAGUGACCUGCAGAUUGUACGUGAAGAACAUCGCCAAGCAAGUGGAAGAAAAAGACUUGAAGUACAUCUACGGCAGGUACAUCGACAUCACGUCAGAGGCAGAGAGAAACAUGUUUGAUAUCGUUUUAAUGAAGGACGGGAGAAUGAAAGGUCAAGCUUUCAUUGGCCUCCCCAGCGAGAAAAGUGCAGAGAGAGCCUUGAGGGACACCAAUGGAUAUGUGCUCCACGACAAGCCACUCGUAGUCCAAUUUGCCCGCUCAGCCAGACCCAAACCAGAUGCUGGAGAUGCCAAGAAAGCCCCAAAGAGGUCCUAGAAGGAUGUUGAUGGCAAAUAACGUCCCUCUGUUGUGAUCCAAGGGGAAAUGUUGUAUCCUUCUAAUUCUGCCAUAUCCUUUUAAGAUACUGCUUUUAUAGACGUGUUUGACUUUUACUUCACUAUAUCCUCAUACCCUCCGCCUCAACAGACCCACUUUAACCCUAGAUAGAAUUAUAAUUUGAACAGAGACAAUCAGAAAAUAACACUACUUUCUACUUGGCCAUAAAGAAAAUGUAUGAAAAAGCAAGCAAGUUGAAAAAAGGAAAAAGUUGUUGAACAACGUGUAUAAUGCUUCUUUGAGCACUUUCAGUAGUGAGUCACUCUGUACAGAUCCAAGGUUUAGGUGUGGAUUUAUGGCUUCUUUUUUACUCCUUCUCUCCAUCUUUUCUGUUACCUCUGCUGAGUCCUAAUUGCAUUUACAGCUCCUGGUUUGUUUCCCCUGCCAUGUCUGAAAUAAGAUGUGUAUGUAUGUGCAGUACCCACUUUUAAACCCCUUUCCUCUUCUCUCCUCUGGUGACAGUGUCUUAAACAUCUGCUCUCUCUCCCUCGUCUCUGCUUUUCCAGACUGCAGGUGUUGACCUGGCCGCCCCUUAACUGAAGACCUUGAUUUAAAUAAAAAAUGUUUUUUUUUUAAUAUGUAUAUAUAUGUAUAAUAAAAUCCCAGACUCUGA